GGACGAUGUUUUAACAGUAACUUCGUUUUAAAUCGAUAAAAUAAGUAUUUUAAAUCGUUUCAAAGUAUUGGACACCGUAAUAAUUUUUUCACCGCACGCAACGUUAUACGUCUCAACUCAUAAUAACCUAUCGAGAUGAGGAUAAUAAAAUGGUGACACUAGCUGUGGAUUGUUAUGUCAUUGAAAAUCCUAGUGACAGCAUAGUGAAAAAAGAGUCAUCUAGGGACAACAUAUGGACAGCUGGACCAGCAUCUACAUAGUUACCCACCAUAUCACGUUGAAUCAUGGCAGAUGAAGAAACUAGAAAACGAACAAUGACAGAUAAAGGUUUAGAACAUUACGAAGAAACGCGUUCAAAGUUUUAUAAAAAGGUGCAAACGUCCUAUGAUCGACUUUGUAGUACAUUGGAAGAGACUAAUGUGGAUCUGGAGAACCCAGAGGCGAAUAAAGUGUUGUCGGACAGACUCCAUAGUGCUCAUGCUACAUAUUUAACUGUAUCAUCAGAGUUUGCAGACUUUUUGUCGAGAAGUAUAACCGAGAGUAGUAAAGCCGAGCUUGAAGAAUUUGACAAACAGGUGAAGUUGAUAGGAGAUCGCGUAAGUGAAGCCGUGCAAAAGAUAAAUGACAUUAUAGGGACUUCAAAAGCCGCUGUUUCUAUUAGAUCAAAGUCAUCACAUGGUUCCAAGGAGUCUCAUGUGUCAUCUUCGUCUAGUUCUCGUGCUCGCGCAGAUACAGCUCGUAUUCGUUUAGAAUACGCUAAGAGAGAGGCCGAGCUGAUGAAGAAGAUGGCUCUAAUUGAAGAAGAACGUCUGUUAGCAGUUGCCAGAGCAUCGAGGGUAAAGCAAGAAGUUAGUGCAGACUUAAAUGUGUUGAAGGUAGAGGGUGAUGUUGCUGUAGCAGAAAUAGAAGCGUCAUACGCAGAAGAAGCUGAUGGUGUGUCAAGAAAUGCGGACUUUGACUUGACUUAUGAAGCUGCAAGUGAAAGGUCAAAAAACUAUAUAGAUAAUUUACCAGAAAUUCCUAGAGCUGGAGCAGCAGGCACACAGAGUAAACCUACAGUGUAUGCCUCUCGCGAUCCAGAUAGACACUUUGAAUGCGAUAAUGUGAGUCAUAACUCAGAGACAUACCUCAAAGAGAAUCAUUGUGAAGAAGAGCAAGCAAGAGUACGUGUACAUCAAGAAUCAGUUUUAAGGAAUUCCAAUGCUGACAUUUUAACAAGUUUCCUUUUGCGAAAAGACAUUAUGCCACAAAGAUUGAAAAAAUUCAACGAGAAACCACAAUCAUUCGGUGUGUGGAAAACUACGUUUAAAAGCGUCAUGAAAGAAUUGAAAGUUACCCCAACAGAAGAGAUUGACUUGUUGGUAAAUAACUUGGGUUCAGAAUCACAGAUAUGGGCAGAGAGCAUACAUUCAGCAAAUGCUUCCAAUCCAGAGCAUGGCUUAGAACUCAUCUGGGAAAGGUUAGACAACUGCUAUGGAUCCCCUGAGAAAGUUGAAGCUUCCCUGAAAUUGAGAAUUAGAAAGUUCCCCCAGUUGACUAACAAAGACAAUAAACGUCUGUAUGAACUGAGUGAUCUUUUGCUCGAAGUAUUUUCAGUUAAAAAGGACCCUCAAUUUGCCACACAGUUUGCUGCUUAUGACUCAUCCUCUGCUGUUAAUGAAAUUGUGUGCAAGCUGCCAUUUAAUAUGCAACAAAAGUGGAUCUCCCAUGCUGCAAGGUACAAAAAGGAACACAAAGUAACAUUUCCACCUUUUUCUGUAUUUGUAGAGUUUGUGCGUGACAAUAGCAAUGACCCAGCAUUUCAGUGGGAACAUCAAGUGGUCGAAGCUUGCCCCAAACCUAAACAGAGACAGAGCUCUUCUAUAAACGCGCGUGUAGUCAAUCGUAAAACUGACAUCCACAUAGGCAGUGAAAUCAGUGACGACAAGAUGAAGAAUGAUCAGAUCACACGAUGUCCCAUUCACAGAUCUGGACACGGUUUGAAAGAGUGCAAAACCUUUGCGAACAUGACUUGGGAAGAAAGGCGAAAAUUGCUGAAAGAAAAAGGUAUAUGUUACAGGUGUAUUUCUUCAAGUGAUCAUGCUUCCACAAACUGUCCAGUUUCUGUCACCUGUGAAAUAUGCAUGAAGAAAAAUCAUCUUACUGCUAUGCAUCGAGAUAGAACUGAAUUUAAUGUGUGAAACUCGGCUGUACCUGCAUCUGACCAAAGCAAAGUGACAGUUUUUUCAAAAUGUACUUCUCUGUGUGGCCAAGGCUUUAGGGGCAGAUCCUGUGGCAAAAUCGUUCUGGUCGACGAAGCUUACAAAGGUCAUGAAAAUACAGAACGUGUAUACGCCAUUCUAGAUGAUCAAAGCAAUCGCUCAUUGAUAAGCCCUGAACUCUGCAACAAACUAAACGUUUCCGGUGAAUCGACAGAGUACACACUAUCCUCGUGUUCAGGUAGUAGCGUUAUGGCGGGGAGACGUGUUUCAGGCCUGACAGUGUCAUCUAAAGGUGCUCCAAGGGGUUCCAGAUUUGGAUUUGAACUACCCACAUUAAUCGAAUGUGAUGCCAUUCCACAAGAUACAUCAGAAAUCCCGACACCAGAAGUUGCACGUAGCUUUGCACAUCUGAAGAAGAUUGCCUCAUUCAUGCCGCCACUAGAACCUGACUGCGGUAUCGAGCUGCUAAUAGGCAGAGACUUACUGGAAGUCCACCAUGUAAUUGACCAGAUAAUAGGGCCCAAAGAUACGCCAUUUGCCUUACGCCUUCCCUUAGGCUGGGUUAUCGUUGGGGAAGUGUGUCUUGGCAGAGUACACCAGCCAGACUCUGUCAAUACAUACUUUACGAGCAUUUGCAAAGACGGGCGAGAGACCAUCUUCAGACCAUGCCCAUCUUACCUGACUGUGAAGGAACCAGAUUUCUCAGAUGAUGUGGUCUUCAGGAGACAACCCGAUGACAACAGAG